AUGGCUAACGACAAUCUGGCCAACCAGCUGCCGGAAAAGAUCAGACGACGCCUUACUCCCGUGGGGGUCCACAAAGGACCAGAAGAUCCAGCAGCAGUGUCUACUACAAUGACAACAGCUGCAAAGGAGGAGACACACAGAGCCUUGAGACAGAAGGCGGCCCGAGAGUGCGAGAGAGUGCGUCUGGUACACUCCAAAGUCCGGGAGAACGAGGCGCAGAAACGGCGCCAGGUGCUGGAAAACCGCAAUUCUAGAUUGCAAGAGGCACAGGCUAGACGGGAGUCUGUGAUCCAGAAAAGGAGAUCCUCUGCCCAGAGCUUUGUGGCCAUGAUUCGAGAAUCCCAGCAGGAAAUGAGCUCGGAACAGUCAGUUGAAGAUGAAGUUCCGGAUGAAAAGCAGCCUCCAGGCAAAUCAGACUUGUCUACGAUGUCUACGAAUCAGCAGAACCAAACUGACUCUACAAGAUCGCCUGUGACUACUGCUACUACAAGCUCUGAGGGAGAACCUAUCAAUAUCAACAACAAUGACAAGUCAGGUGGAGGUGCAGGAUCUUCGUCUUCAGAUCCAUCGGCUUCGACGGCUUCUGAAAGAAGUUCUGUCUCCAAACAUGGACACUCCUACUUGGCAUCUGUGAUUCAAAUCCAGAAGGAUAUUGAGCGGCUGAGAGAACUGUCUCCAUUGGUUCAGUAUCUAAUUCUCGACAGUCCCAUUCCUUCCACUGCUCCCUCGGACCCUCCAGACACUAACGACUUUCCAGAUCACGUGGUGAAGUACAUCAAGAGUCUUCACCCUCUCGAAUCUCAGGAUAGGAAAGCCUUCACCAUGCUGCUGCUUCGCGAACUCAAAGGUGACGGGAUUAGAAGCAUCAGAUCACCCGCCACAAAGCUCUCCACUCUGUUAGUUCACUUCGGAAUCCCUUCCACUGCAGCAAGUGGUCACGUUAUGCUCAUGGCGCUUACUCGGAUGCUCAAAAUCGCUCCUUCGGAAUUCCAGCAGCCCUGGGAAGAUGCCGUCUCUUUGGUUUCGUGCUUUCGAAGGGCCUUAGCCAGUGUUACCAGCGAGACCCAGGUUCCUACAUGGUUUGCAAGCAUAUUUGUUCGGCACUAUGAAGCUUCUUCAAAAUACAGCGAUAGAAUGGAGAGUCGAAUCAAUCGAGUCAUGCUCAACCAGUUGGCAGAACAAGUCAGUCUAGUGCCUCUGCUGGCUCAGGAGGUGGUUCAAUACGGAGGAAGAGAAGGGGUGCUUCGAGAGAUUGGUGUGGACCGGUUCAACAAAGCUUUUCAGCGUCUUACCACCUGCGUGUGCCCUCGCAAUGUGAUCCACAGCCCAGAAACUAUGCGACAGGCCCGGAGAUUUGCCUCUAGAGCUCUCUAUGUUGCCUGCAGAUCUGCUCCUCACAAUCUCACUCACGACACUUACACCACUCACAUGAGACAGCUGGAGAUGUGGGUCAAGGACCCUUCAUGGGACAGUAUCUCGGACGAUUUGUCUACCAAUCUCAGUCUUCAAAUGAAGCGGUCUCGACGCAUGUCUGACGAGUUUGCGGCUGCCGCCUUUUACUCUCAGUUCUACGAGCUCUUCCGGGUCUUUUGUAUCCCUUCUGAAUCUUCCAGUGCGUUCGGAAUCAGUGCCCAAGAGAUCCAGGGCAUUGUGUUUUCUUCUGGUGACUGCGAACACAUGCUAAAGUGGGUAGGACAGUACGUUUGUGCCACAGAUGCUGUUCUAGACAACAUCAAUGAAGACGAAGAGUGUUUUCCCAGAGACUUGAUCAAGGAACAAGGAAUGCAGGCCCCGUUCUUCACGCCGCAUUGCCGCAUUGAUUUAGAAAUGCUCAUCAUGACUCGAAUGAAGGUGGACCGGGUCGUGGAAAGCAUGCACAAGUACGAGACCGAAAAGCUGUACUUCAAGGGCUACUCUCCCAUGGGAGACGCUACUCUUCGGUUUGCCUACGAGCUCGGAGCUCUGUUCGAGCGAUUCAGAUUGUGCAAGAAGACAGUCACCUCCGUCCAGUGGAAGUACUGGUACCUUGUGUUCCUUACACGUGCCAUUUGUGACAUUGUUCCAACUCGCGACAACUAUCACGUAAAGCUCUUUGACUACCUUAUGGUUGAGCUUGAGUCUCAAAUUACUAACCAUAUGUUUGCUGACAACCACUCGGAUGUAGAGAAUGGCAGCGAUUAUGGUGGUUCCAGGGACUCGUUCUGCUCCAGGGUCAUUCUGGACAAGCUUCUAAACUGUGUCGAGCAGUUUGGAAGCCUCCACCGAGCAACCGAGAUUAAGACGGUGACUGGAAAGUUCCGACGACUUCAGCUAGUGACCGGAGGCUCUACUUCGUCUGCUCCUACAGGUCCUGACUCAGACCAGUGGUUCGACGAGUGUGUCAGCGUCAAUCUUCAUGUUGAUCUUUACCUACUGGUGUCUCAGAUGCUGUAUGAUAUGAGAAUCGGCGAGAAUCUCAAUGCGGCUAUUCGGGGCAGCUACUCUUCGAUUCUCCAGGAAGAGAUGGAUACGUUCGGCAAGCAAUGCAGAGCCGGAUACGAUGGUCUCAAGAACACCUCGGAGUUUCUCAAGACGGCUUUCGACCACGCCAUCACCAAACUUCAUCCUGGAGAUGUUCGUAAUGAGUCUUCGUGCAGUUUCCACGAUCCUCUCUUGAUUGGAUUUUGCAACCUUGUAUUCGGCAGCCCACAGCUUGAUCUUCCUUAUGGCUAUGGUCUUCCCGAGUCUAUGUUUUCAAUCUACCGGUUCAUUGUUGCCUGCCAAAUUGAGACUCGGGCUCUGAUUAUUUGUGGAUCCAUUCUCCUACAUGCCCAGAACACUGUUCAUGUGUCUGGCUACAGAAUGAAACCCAGUCAGGCCGAUGUGAUGGUUCUACGAACCGGAAGAAUGCCCAAAAGCAGUACGCUCAAGACGCCGACGUUGUUUGAGGCAGUCUUGGAGCUUGUGUUUGAUCAUCCUCACUUUGGAGAAGAAGAAGCUGAGUCUGUGGCUCACACUAUUGCCCAGCAUGUGGAGAUGCCGACUCUCGGUGAAGAUGGACGCAUGAGGGUAUACAGUCAGCUGGUAGACCGGAUAAAGGCGUCAACAGCGCGAGUCGUGCACCAGAACGGCUCGGACUCGGUUGGCAAGGUGCUUACCAAGCGGGUGGAAGGUCACUUUCUCUAUUCUCAUGCGCGGCUCAAAAACAUGGAUCCUCCUGCGUCGGUGGAGACCAUUGCGGGUUUCGAUUCGGCCGUAGAGCAUCUAACGGAGCGCAUGGGGACUGUAUGGAAGACGCAUUACGAGAGCCAUGCGCAUGGGUAUUUGGACAUGGUGCACCACCUGCGGCCGGACCUCAAGCCCGCGGUGAUUACUAGACUUAGAUUCAAGACUGUGAGGCCCAAGGAGCGACGAGUGCGGCCUCACUUCCGGUAG